AUGACAACCAAACGAGAUUGCUUUGCUGACGAUAUUCUCCUCUCAGGUUGCGUUCAAAGUCCACGGCACUGUCCAAGGUGUUGGCUUCCGGUAAGGAGCCCUCCCUCACGCUCAUCCGAUGACGUCAUCUACGAGAUGGAGCAGGUCAUUAACCCUGCCAUUCCCAACAGGGACUUUACACAGAAAUGUGCUGCCAGCUACGGCCUAAGGGGCUGGGUCAGAAACACCACGUGCGGAAAGGUUGAAGGCGAGGCCCAGGGAGAUGAAGAGACGUUGAAAAAGCUACUCCAGCAGGUCAACAAGGGCCCACGCAUGGCGCAUGUGGUCAAGCUCGAGAAGCGGGAGCUCGAGCCGCGCGAUGGCGAGGAUCAUUUCGCGGUGAUGCGGACUGCGGAGUCGAUGUUUCACUCGAGGAGCUGA